GUGUAGACAAGGCUUUCGCUAUACAUUUGCAGAUAAAUAAUAAGAGCAUGAAUGUUGCGUUAACAUUUCGUUGACUGCCGCAGGAAACAAAUACAGAUGAUUGCAAAACACCGGCAUUGAUAUUUUAAAGUGUCUAUACAAUUACCCUUAAACUAAGCAAACAUCAUGUCGAAGGAGGAGGAAAACGCUGUAAAACCGUCCGACGCAAACGAAAACUCGAAUGGAUCCAACUCCGACACCACCUCGUCGAACACAAAGGAACCGGACUAUGAUGCAACUCUGAAGACUGAUCGCGGGAAGCGGUUCGAGUUUCUGCUCAAGCAGACCGAAAUCUUUUCCCAUUUCAUGAACACGGCACCAAGCAAGAGUACACCACCGAAAGCGCCGCGGGGCCGCAAGCCGAAGGUGGAUAAAAAUGCUGAUCCAGGUGACCAUCGGCAUCGCAAGACGGAGCAGGAGGAAGACGAAGAAUUACUGGCGGAAACAACCCAAAAAACGAAGACGCUGUUCCGCUUCGAGGUGUCUCCACCAUACAUCAAAGCCGGUGAGAUGCGUGAUUAUCAGAUCCGAGGCCUGAACUGGAUGAUUUCAUUGUACGAAAACGGUAUCAAUGGUAUCUUAGCGGAUGAGAUGGGUUUGGGUAAAACGUUGCAGACGAUUUCGUUGCUAGGCUACCUGAAGAACAUUUGCAAUAAUCCUGGACCGCAUAUAGUGAUCGUACCGAAAUCGACUCUCCAGAAUUGGGUGAAUGAGUUCGAACGUUGGUGUCCUUCGAUUCGGGCGGUGUGUCUGAUCGGUGACCAAGAGAAGCGUAAUGCAUUCAUUCGCGAUGUGAUGAUGCCAGGUGAGUGGGAUGUUUGCAUCACCUCGUACGAGAUGUGCAUACGUGAGAAGGUCGUGUUCAAGAAGUUCAACUGGCGUUACAUGGUGAUCGACGAGGCGCAUCGCAUCAAGAAUGAGAAGUCGAAGCUGUCGGAGAUUUUGCGUGAGUUUAAAACGGCCAACCGAUUGUUGCUGACCGGAACUCCGUUGCAGAACAAUCUUCACGAGCUGUGGGCAUUGUUAAACUUUUUGCUACCGGAUAUUUUCAACAACGCUGAAGAUUUUGAUAGCUGGUUCGAUGCGAACCAGUGCUUGGGCGACAAUUCGCUGAUCGAGCGGUUGCAUGCCGUGCUGAAACCGUUUUUACUUCGUCGACUGAAGUCUGAGGUCGAGAAGCGACUGCUACCGAAGAAGGAGGUGAAGAUCUUUGUAGGACUGUCGAAAAUGCAACGCGAAUGGUACACAAAGAUCCUGAUGAAGGACAUUGAUGUGGUGAAUGGUGCGGGCAAAGUAGAGAAGAUGCGGCUGCAGAAUAUUCUGAUGCAGUUGCGAAAGUGCACCAACCAUCCGUAUCUGUUCGAUGGAGCAGAACCUGGCCCACCGUACACGACCGAUUACCAUCUGUUGGAGAACAGUGGCAAGAUGGUGGUUCUUGACAAGUUGCUAAUGAAGCUACAAGUGCAAGGAUCGCGGGUGCUGAUUUUCAGUCAAAUGACGCGUAUGUUGGACAUUCUAGAAGAUUUUUGCUAUUGGCGAGGCUAUCAGUACUGCCGGCUCGAUGGAAAUACGCCUCACGAAGAUCGUUCAAACAUGAUUGCCGAUUACAACGCCGAAAACAGCACCAAAUUCAUCUUCAUGUUGUCGACUCGUGCCGGUGGCUUGGGCAUCAACUUGGCUACCGCUGACGUGGUCAUAAUUUACGAUUCCGAUUGGAAUCCACAGAUGGAUUUGCAAGCGAUGGACCGAGCACAUCGUAUUGGGCAGAAGAAGCAGGUGCGAGUAUUCCGACUCAUCACGGAGAACACGGUAGAGGAAAAGAUUGUAGAACGAGCGGAGGUUAAGCUGAAGCUUGACAAGCUCGUAAUUCAGCAGGGUCGGUUGGUGGACAACAAGACAAACCAAAUAAAUAAGGACGAGAUGUUGAAUAUCAUCCGUUUCGGCGCGAACCAUGUGUUCCAGUCUCGCGACUCUGAAAUCACCGACGAAGACAUUGACGCGAUUUUACAGAAAGGUGAAGAGAAGACGCAAGAACAGAUGGCAAAGCUGGAUAAACUGGGUGAGAGUUCGCUACGGAGUUUCACUCUCGAUGCGGAUAAUCUCGAGAAUCGAUCGUUGUAUCAGUUCGAGGGGGAAGAUUAUCGCGAGAAGCAAAAGCUGCAAACUCUUGGUUCUUGGAUCGAACCGCCAAAACGUGAGCGGAAGGCGAAUUAUGCUGUCGAUGCGUACUUCAAGGAAGCAUUGCGUGUGGCAGAACCAAAAGCACCGAAAGCGCCACGACCACCGAAACAACCGAUCGUGCAGGACUUCCAGUUUUUCCCGCCAAGAUUGUUCGAGUUGCUCGAUCAGGAGAUCUAUCAUUAUCGCAAGACGGUCAACUACAAGGUGCCGAAGAACUCGGAUCUUGGCUCAGAAGCGAACAAAGUGCAACGUGAAGAGCAGCACAAAAUCGAUGAAGCAGAACCGCUGACGGAAGAGGAACUGGUCGAGAAGGAAUCACUGUUGAUGCAAGGCUUCACCAACUGGACGAAGCGUGACUUCAAUCAGUUUAUCAAGGUGAACGAAAAGUACGGUCGGGAUGAUAUCGAGAAUAUAUCUCAUGAGAUAGAGGGUAAGACACGGGAAGAGGUGAUGGAAUACAGUACGGUAUUCUGGGAGCGAUGUCACGAACUACAAGAUAUUGAUCGCAUAAUAAGUCAGAUUGAGCGUGGGGAGGCAAAGAUUCAACGGCGAGCCUCUAUCAAACGUGCGCUGGACAGUAAGAUGGCAAGAUAUCGAGCUCCGUUCCAUCAGCUGCGCAUUGCAUACGGAAACAAUAAGGGUAAAAAUUACACCGAGGAGGAAGAUCGUUUUCUCGUUUGCAUGCUGCACAAGCUUGGAUUCGACAAGGAGAACGUGUACGAAGAGCUGAGAGUGGCAGUCCGGUGUGCACCACAAUUUCGGUUCGAUUGGUUCCUGAAAUCUCGCAAUGCUCUUGCGUUGCAACGUCGUUGCAAUACACUCAUUACACUGAUCGAGCGCGAAAACCAGGAAAUUGAAGAAAAGGAACGAUUAGAGAAAAAGAAGAAAACAGGUGGUAGCAAUGUGGCUGGCAUAGGUGGUGGCACUGUUGCUGGAGGAGGCGGAGGCGCUGCAGUACCAAAACCGAACCAGAAGCGCAAAUCCGAUGCCACUACCGUGUCGAACGAUAAGAACAAAAAGAAGAAAAAGUCCUAAGUAAAAGAAUAGGUCCUCAAACAAGAACACAGUGCGAGUAAUUAGAGGGAUGCAGUCGGAAUGUAAGAGUGAAAGAGAGUGGAAACGAACGAAAAUGAGGUACAUACAUUCCGCAAUCAGGAUCAGGAUUUUUAUUUAAUUUUUUGUGUUUGUCGCAACACAAGUAUAGUUUGACCGUAGGUCGUGAGUACGACAUUAACAACCUUCAUCCUGCACAAGCUACGACAUGAAAAAAAAAUCAAAUCAUUAACACCCCCAAUGGCGUAUUGCAGACUUUUGCAAGUUGCAGUCUUCUCAACCGUAAGGAUUCUUCAUACAUCUCUUUCUUAGUUGAUAAGUUUUACUCAUUUUUUACUAUACAAUAUGAUAUAAAGGUAUGAAUAUCCAUAGCGAUUGCGUGUGUUUAUAGUGCGGAAACAGUUGUUAGUGAUACGUACGUUAGUUGUGGUGUUCAUAAGAAAUGUUAAUCCUGUGUGAUGGAAAAGACAGUUGAUCCAAUCCAGUAUUGAUAAAGUUUUCAAGUAACUUAACCCUAUCUCGUAACCGAGCGGCUGGGAUUCUUUGUAUAAUGAUUCUUAAAUAGGAAUUAAACAGAAAAACUAAGUAUCAAACCUCCUCAAGCUCUAUCUAUAGUGCUUUUUAAUAAUUAGACGAACUUUGACUUUGAGUUAAGAUGCUACCGCCAAUACUACUUACUCUUUGCGUGUAUUUAUUGUAAGCUUCAGUAGAGAUUAUAACGCACGUGGCUAUGGCGACGAUAAGUCGUGUAGGUUGAUCAUGAUCGUAAAUAAACA